AUGACAAAAAGCAGCACCACUACACCUAGCCUUAAGAUCAGAUUGAAGUUGAACACGAUUCAAAUGAACGACACUGUCAAGGUGCAGAAAUCAUCACCUUCUCCCAAAUCAAAGUCGAGAAAGAAGACCCACAGCAAAAAGAGAAAGGCUAAAUCCACCAAAGCACAAAGCACUCAGAUCGAUGUUGCCACUGAUAAAACAACUGCCCCGGCAGAGGCUACAAAUAGGGCCUUUUACUGGACGUCAGAGCGCGUGGAAUCAACAAAAUUAAUACUUCGGACUGUAGUCAUGGCAAAUUAA